AUGUUUGAAAGAUGGGUAGAAAGUAGCUAUCAAAAUGCUGGAAUCCCUCGAGUAUAUUGGUAUGGAGAAGAUGCAGGCUUCAAUAUUUUGGUUAUGGAACUAUUGAAUGAAAAUUUAGAAGAAAUGUACAAUAGAAAGCUGAAGAGAGAAUUCAACAUGAUGACUAUUCUAUUACUUUCAGACUAAAUGGUAAUUUAAACCAUUUUAUAAUUAUAUAAGCUUUGCAGAUUAAAAUCGAUUCAUGAUAAGGGGAUCAUUCAUAGAGAUAUUAAGCCUGAAAACUUUCUUAUUUAAAAAAAUACCUCUGAAAUCAAUACUUAUUCAAGCAGUGCUCUGAAUCACUCCUCAGAUAAACUUCUUAGUUCUAGCAAACAUAAACCACUAGAACUAUUAAAGAAAUAUCAAUAAACAGUAUUUCUUGUCGAUUAUGGUUUGUCAAAAUCGUACUUAAAUUCAUAAACUGGAUAGCAUUUACAAUGUACCAAAAAGUAGCAUUUUGUGGGAACAGCAGGAUACUCCAGUUUAAACUCUCAUAGACUACUUGAAUAAAGCAGAAGGGAUGAUCUGGAAAGUUUAUCAAAUAUUAUGAUUUAUUUUUGCAAAGGCAAACUACCUUGGCAAGGACUACAUGGUGGUAAGGAUAAGAUGGAUAAGUAUAAUAUGAUUACUGACAUUAAGUUUAAAACAUCUGUAGAUGAACUUUGUGAAGGACUUCCAAGCCUAGAGUUUGAGCAAUAGCCAGAUUAUGGAUAUCUAAGAAGAUUAAUCAAAGAUUUGAUUUAUAAGGAGAGCUUUACUCAAUAAAUUGCAUUUGAAUGGCUCAUUCCAAAACAAGAACGAAAAGCCAUUUCUUCUGAUAAGAAAGACACAAUCAAAAGUUAAUCAAUAGGUCGGAAUACAACUAGACCUAAAACUUUGAUGUUUAGUAAGUUUUCAAGCCAAACUAGAAAGGCUCAUUCUAAAAAUUAAGGCACCAUACCUGGAGAGUAGCAGCAAUUGAAUAAUGCUUAGAACAUCAUUUAGAAUUUCAGAUAAUUCAAUAUUCAAAAAUAAAAUCAAAAUAAGUAAAAAGAAUAGUUGCUAUAAUAGAAGCAGGAGUAGUAGAAAUCAGAAGGAAAUUAGGUAAAUAUAAAAACAGUUUCAUUAAAAGCAGGUAUUACCAAAAUUAAUAAUAGCACAGAGAAACCUGAUUUCAAAAAUCAUCAAACAGUGACUAUUAGUAAUUUUAAUUAAGAAAGACCAAAGCAACAUUUAAACACUAUUCAAGAAAAAGGAUCCAUUUAAAAAAUAAUACUCAAAGCUAGUCUAAUAAAUAAACUUGCAGCCAAUGAUAAAUAUAAUGAUCAAACAGAGUCUAAAUCAUCUACAACUCCAUUAAGAAGGAAAGAAUAGUAACUUCAAAUAAUCGGAAUAGAGAAUUCUAUGUCAAGCAAACAAAUUGAGAGGAGGAUUUCGGUAGCUAGUGAUUAAGGGCCAAAACUUAAAAACAUUUUUGAAAUGAGACGAAAAACUGAGAGUUGUGUUAAUAGUGACAUUAAUAACUUAGAAAAUUUGGAGAAAAAAUAUGCUGCACAUGCAGAAACGAUUCUUGAGGAGGAGCAAAAAACACCUAAAUAUGAUUAGACCUUGAAGAAAUUGAAAGGAAGGGAAGCUCUAAAUAGAAAUAAUAGGAUUAAACUUAUAGGCAGAUUAAAUGACUCAGAAGGAGCAGUAUCUGAAAUCAACCGAGCUAAAAAUAAACUCCAAAGCUAAUUUGCUAAUUUUCAAAAUGUAUAGCAAAAAUUAUUAGAUCUCAACCCCAAUCUUAAAAUAAACAAUAAUCCAGGAUAGAUUAAAAGUCAUGAUGUUUCUCUUAGGAAGCCUAAGAAGUGA